AUGCAGUCACCAUCUGACCCGCACCAUCAAGAAUCAACGGUGGCGCACGCCGCUCGUCCCGCUGAGCCACCGCCAUAUCCCGGACGGAGUGUUAUUAUUAAUUAUGAUUUAGAUGAUCCCGAACACUGGAAAAAUAAACUCGAUAAGCUGCACAUACCGGCUGCCGCAGCCAGGAGAAGCGUUGCCAAUGGCCAUUGUCCACCUGCCACACCUGUGACGGACAAUCAGCGUGUCCGCUCAUCAUCACCUUCACCUGUAGCGACCGGUGCUGUCUUAACCUUAGCCGAACUUAAACGGAAACAGAUGCAUAAACGCCGUGCCAGAUUGCAACUGCAGACCGGCACAGCUACAGCAGCUUCCGGGAAUGGUCAGCGUAAUGAGGAUGAUAAUUCGUCAUGGUGCAGUGAAGAAGAUGUGGAUAGCGCUGAAGCAUCACUGGAGUUGCGUUUGCGUCGGAUUUUAGCCAAGGAAAAUAUUUCGAUGGAGGAUUACUAUAACAUGAAUACCGGUCUACUAAACGUGCGUGCCGUACCGGCAUCGCCGUCGCCGGAUAUGCAACAGCUGGAGCCGAAUGUUUUGUACCACCGCCUUAGUGAUUUAUGCUCAUAUGAUGGACCUUAUUUACCGAAACGUCAUGCUACGCUUGAUACCGGUCAGCGGGACGGAAAGCCACCUCUACGGUUGAGGAGUCCUAACCGUAACAAAUGUCAGUUUUACGAUCUGAAAACAUCUCCAGCGGUGCCCACCCGUAGUGGACAUAACAGAAGAAUACUGACCGACGUCGAGUUUAGGGAGACCUUUGACAACUCUAGCAGAGCGCCAAUGUCCAAAGAAAGCAAACAAAGUGAAGUUCACCGGAAUUUUGCCGGAAGCCGUAAACCUACGGUGCCAUCAUCGACACCUCCCUCUACACCCUUUUCCCCUGUGAACUGCCCUAGUGAAUCACAUUCUCCGGCUGAUGAAGCCGGUUUCUGGGAUCAGCCGGCAUUAUCAAGCCAUGAGAAGCAUUCUAGCCAUAAUGAUUAUGCCGGCAGCAACAGUACCGACGGUGAUCUGGAUUCUACCGGCGGUGAUCACAGGGCGUCUUCCGAUGAAGGAUUUUCUGGGAAUCUGCAAGAAGAUGACGCAAAUCUUUACGAAUAUCUUGCCAAAAAGCAAGUUCUCGCAUUAUGCGAUAUGCAGAUGAAAUUGUUACAAGCCAUGAGUUCCCAUAAGCCGACUCCUCUUAUACGCUCAUCACCCUCGACAGAGAAUAUUGCAAUUUCACCACAGCAUGCUCAUGUGCAUACACAAGCCCAAACAUCACUGGAGGCUGUUGCUCGAUCAAGAAACGAAAGCCCUCAUGACGUGGACAUGCAACGACGUUGUGAAAUGCUGGAAGGACAUAUUAGUAAACUGACACAAAACAUCGAAUAUCUAACAAACGAAAUAGAAGCGCAACAGGCAUCUCUUCGCCAUCUGGAGCUUAACCAACGGCCAAGAGUGCGAUUCGCCGAUGAAAAGCCGCCGACUCAUUCCCUGCAGCCAAGCGUACAGCCGUUGCCGGUUGUGUACAGGUCAACUACGGAUCUCAGCCAGAACGGAAAUUCGGAUUCACUGCCCACACCUGUUGCAUUGUCAUCCCGGCCAGCAAACAUUGGUGCGGUUAUCACCGUUCCACAAUCCAAGGGCGCAUCUGAUAAUACACACAUGCUAUCCAAUCCUGAACGAGUUAAUAAAUUAACAAAGUUUUUUGGCUCUGAACCGCCGUUGGUGCGUAUAUUCCUGAAAAAGCUGGGCUAUGAGAAAUACGCCCGCCUCUUUGAAAUUGAGAGAAUCGGUCUGAAUGAAUUGCCUUACAUGACUGAAGACAAACUACGACGCCUGGGAGUUCCCAUGGGACCGCGUACACGCAUUCUCCAUGAGGCCCAGUUGAUUAUGAAAUCGGAGCGCAAUCCACAUACCGGCUUCGUGUAAUCGAAGCGGUAAAUUGUAGGCAGGAAAUGAAGAGGUGGAUUUCGUGUGAGCUAUUGUCAAGGUGCUAAUUUCAUGCACUGAUGACAUCUUCAACUUCUGCCGAAGGAAAUCAAUGUGAAACAAGGUUUCAACGGUGGCGAAUGAUUACAGCUGAAGCGCAUCCGGCAUAAUAUUACCGCGAUACCGUACAGCGCGUUAUGCGCGCAGCUGAGGAAGAUCAUAGCACACAUAAAUCACAAGUGAACUAUCUAAUCGUUAUGCUUGUGUUGUCAUGCAUACCACUAGAUGUUCGCUAUUGUUGCACGCUAUUGUUCGUUGAAUAGACACGUGUACAAUGUAUUGUUCGUGGACGUUCACAUUAUUAAUUUAUGGCUCUUUCUUGAUUGUAACUUGUA